UGCAGCAAACACCCUCCGUUAAAUUUAUCGCAGAUAUCGAGAGCGAGAUCGACUGACCGAGAGCCUGAGCCAGAGCGAGAUCGAGAUCGAGAUCGAGAAGAGAAUGGCUCCAAUCGCUGUUGGAGAUGCGCUUCCGGAUGGCACGUUGGCGUGGUUCGAUGAGAACGACCAGCUGAAGCCAGUGUCGGUCCACUCCCUCGCCGCCGGCAAGAAGGUCAUCCUCUUUGGCGUCCCCGGCGCUUUCACGCCUACCUGCAGCAUGACGCAUGUGCCUGGCUUUAUUGAAAGUGCCGAGGAACUUAAAUCCAAGGGCGUUGACGAGAUCCUCCUCAUCAGCGUUAAUGACCCCUUUGUUAUGAAGGCGUGGGCAAAGACAUAUCCCGACAAUAAGCAUGUGAAAUUCUUAGCUGACGGCUCUGCAAGCUACACCCAUGUUCUUGGCUUGGAAUUGGAUCUCGCAGAUAAAGGGUUGGGGAUUCGGUCACGAAGGUUUGCUCUCCUUGUCGACAACCUCGUGGUGAAGGUUGCAAACAUUGAAGAAGGAGGAGCAUUCACCAUUUCCGGUGCAGAAGAGAUCCUCAAGGCCCUCUAAGAUCAUUAUGGUCACUUUGUUUGUGUCUGUACGUCAAGUCUACUAGUUGUGUCACCCUAGCAAUGUUUUGUGGUGGUUUCCUUUAUGAAUCAUGACGUUUGACUGAUGCAACUAUCGCUUAAAUAAAGAUCUGUUUUUGAGCAA